AUGAAGUCAAUCCUUUGUUUAACAGCUCUCAGCAUGCUUGCUGCCACUCUCGAGGCUCUGCCAGAUAUUGUAGUAAGAACACAACAGCGAAUAUUCUAUGGUGUCACAGUCCAUGACAAAGUCGAUGCCUAUCUUGGGAUCCCAUAUGCCAAACCUCCCCUCGGCGAUCUUCGAUUCCGCCCUCCACAGCCUCUUGACAUCGAUGACGACCACACAAUUGUCAAUGCAACUCAGUUCGGUCCGGUCUGUUAUCAGUUUCGAUAUAAGACCGUGUUAGGAGACAAUGUAGCCCCAACUACCCCCGAGUCGGAAGACUGCUUGUCACUGAACAUCUUCACGCCACGAGGACGGCCAAAAUCCAAAUUGCUGCCAGCUUUGGUCUGGUUAUAUGGCGGUGCCUUCAACGAAGGAGGCUCGAGCGUUCCAUUGUUCAAUCCCACAGGGCUCGUCGCGAACCACGCCGAUAUUAUCGUUGUCACUUUGAAGUUCGUAUACUGUUCUACCCAACCCAUCAUGCUUCUUUUCCAUUCAAUACAUUCAGAGCGCUCACAAAUCAGUAGUUACCGUCUCAACGUGUUCGGAUUUCCCAACUCUCCCGCGAUUCCAAUCGACCAGCAGAAUCUUGGUAUUCGAGACCAGCGAGCCGCAUUGGAGUGGCUGCGCGAGAACCUCGCUGCGUUCGGUGGCGAUCCAACCAGAAUCACACUUGGCGGCCAAUCUGCCGGUGCAGACUCUGCUGCAUUGCUCACCUAUGCCUUCAAAGAUGACCCGAUUGUGCAAGGGUUGAUCCUGCAGAGCGGGAUUCCAGAAUAUGUCGGGCCCCAGGAUGAUUUUGUGUUUAUUCAGGCGGCAGAGCGAGUGGGGUGCAGAAGUGCUGCGAACAGAACGAAUGAGCUGAAUUGCAUGAAAUCUGUUCCUGCACCGAUUCUGCACAGAGCGCUUUCCAACCUUACGGUCAACCCGUUCGGCACGACUGGAGGGGGCCCGAUGAUUGAUAAUAUCACGCUUUUUUCCGCCGAGGAAUAUCGUCGCCGUGGUUCGGUUGGCUCGUUCGCCAAUGUGCCUGUCCUGAUGGGCAUCACCAACAAUGAAGGUGAUGGAGUUCUGAACUGGUCUGAAAAGGGUGUCAACAAGACCCAUUCAGACAUCCUCACGACCACAUAUUUCCACUGUCCCAUGUCUCAAGAAGCCUUUUUCCGGGCGAAGCAUCAGGUUCCAGUGUGGCGGUAUCGCUAUAUGGGAGUCUUCCCCACAGUGACAUUCUUCUCAUGGCUAGGAUCUUACCAUCAAGCGGAUAUUGCAUUUGCAUUAGGCUCAUACAGGCAUCUCAAGCCUCACAAAAAGCCGCAGUGGUACGAAGUGGCUGCCAGCGAUUACCUCCAAAAAGCGUGGGCAGCAUUCAUCAAGUCUCCGAGGGAUGGAUUGUUAAGGAAGAUGGGUUGGCCGAUAUACAAUCCGAACGGCACAACGCUCGUCGAACUCUUCGCUAAUAACACCCCGACUGCCCGUCUCCGAGACCCUGCUGAUUUUGAUGCUAUUUGCUCUCAUCCGCCUCCAAUUCCGUCGGACAUCUGGUCCCAAAGCCCUCCUUGACUUGGUGGGCACACUAGAAGCAGCAGAAUGUUCCAUGAUAGAGGGGUUCGUGGCUAAGAGGGUACCAAUAGCCCUAGCUG